CGGCUGCUGGCUCUGGUGUGUGGGUGCUGUGGGGUCCUGGCAGAGCCCCCGGCCGGGAAGGCGAGGCCUUGGUGCCCGCACAGCGGGUCCCUUCUGGCUGUGAGGACACGCACGGCCUGGAGGGAACGGGAAUGUUUUCUCCUUAGCCAGUCCUUGGUUCCAGUUUGGUAGGGUCAGUCCCAGAUUCUGUCUGCGCCGGCCAGACUCCAGCAGCUUCCCUUCCAGCGCAUGCACCCGGCUCACAGGGAACUUCCCGUUAGUUCAUUCACUGCAGUUGAGGAUUCGGAAGAGCUGACGUCACUGUCAGAGGCCUGCAGGCAAAUGAAAUUCUGAUAAAACAGGUUCCAAGGACAGCCUGAGUAGCCCAGUUCAGGGAAUGGCUCAGCCCAGGUGGUGCUGGGUGGGGGGGAGCCGCAGGUAGACCCGGGGCCUUCGGGCUUCCCAGACCUCUGCCCUGCUGGCCGCUGUGGCCUUGCCGCCUUGCUUGUGCUGGCUGUCAUCUGCGGUUGGAUGGCCCGAGGUGCAGCUCUGCACUCCUGAACCUGCUCUUCUGUGUCACUUGUUGGAAAGCAUGUGAUUCAGGAUUUCAGACACGUCACUGGGGACUUUACUAGCUGUUUGUAUGAGGGUGUUCCAAUCAGUGAUGUCGGGCUGUGGGACGUGGGCUGGUGGUAUCAGGGCACGUCGGCUGCCUAGGCCCUGACCCCCUCGCCUGGUGCUGACUCUGGUGAGGGGAGGAGGACGAUGACGCUGUGUCCCUCGGCGGACUGCAGGAGGACGGAGUGAGCGAAGACCCAGACCCUGAUGUUCCACGGCCCCUCGGAAGACAGAACUGCAAAUUGUCACAGUGGCAGAGGCGGGCAGAAUAGGAGGCGACGAUGGAGCCAGAGGUUCCUCCAGGAAAGGCAGAGCACAUUUCAAACCUUCAGGAAAGAAGUGUGCCUCACAGAUCAUUCGAUGUACCCUGGCCCCUGCGCUGUUCUCCGGGAGCCCACCUGCUGUGAGUGCCAGACCAGAUUCGGGGGCCGCCUGCCGGUGCCCAGGGCUGAGGCGGCGCUACCUUACUGGGUGCCUCUGUCCCUGAGACCCCCAAAGCAGAUCCCAAAGAGGCUCCGGUCUUAUAUCCCCCAAACCACCAAGAUGUGCCCCUGCCCGUGCCACCGCUUCGGGGGCCACCUCCCAGUGCCCAGGGACCAGGCAGCCAUGCCCUACUGGGUGCCCCGGGUCCUGAGGUCACAGAAGCAGGUGGCGAGGAGGCAGCAGAGUGCUAAAGGUAUCCAAGAGGCCCCCCUGGACUCGAGUUCCCGGCACAACCGCUGGCGCAUCUGCUGUGACGAUGGCCGCCUCCUGCUCAGGUGGCAGCAGCUCCAGGCACUUCACGGGGACAGGCCACCUGUUCCGGGGCCGGGAGCCAGCGGCCCCACCUACCUGCUGCCCCUGGGCCUCUGCCUCCUCGCACUGCUCCAGGCCGUCCUGAGGGUCAUCAUGGCCAUUCGAUUUUUUGGGUUUGAAGUUGGAAUCUUCAGCUACUGUCGAGAGCAUCAACAAAAAUGUUAGCCACAAUCAAGAUCAUCAACGACAGACCUCCAAUCGGGAGGAGUCUGUGAUGUCCAUAUUUUCUCAUAUAAUAUAAUUCACACCCCAAAUCCAACCCAGAUUAUUUACCAUCAGGGGAUUCUUAGCCGUAGCGGAGUUGGUAUGGAUUGGGUGAGAUUCUGUUGUGAGUGCGGUCAAUAAACGUUAUUUGUGAAACUCACAA